GGUCCCGCCCGGCUUUCCCAGGCCCCGCCCCCUCCCCUGCGUAAGGGAGCCGCGCGUACCAGAGGGCUGAUUGGAGCUGGCGGGAGCCCGCUCCGGAACGGGAAGCGACCUGGCUCUGCGCGGGACGAUUCAGGCGCCGGCAGCGCGGGAGCUCAGAAACAUGUCUCAAGAAAGUGAGCAUGGGAAAUGGACGGUAUCCAGCAGUGAUGAAAGUACAGAAGAAAAUGAUGAUGCUGAGAAGCCAUCUACAUCAUCUUUGUCUCUCAGUGGACAUGGCAAAACUAGUGGAUCACAGUACCCAUGUUCAGAGGGCAGAAAAGUUGGUCAAAAGAGAAAAGCCUCCCCUGUGAAAUUUAGUGAUAAAAUUUUUUCUACAGAGAUUUCACCAGCAAAAAUCCAGAGAACUUCCCAAGAAGGAUUAGGCUGGUGCCUUUCAAGUAGUGAUGAGGAACCUGUAUCUGAAGGUCAGCCAAAGCAUGCACAAAAGGAAGCAGUCAAAGAGGAGAAAUUCAGUGCACCUAAAAAGCAGCCUUCACAUAGAUGUGAAGAUAAUGAGCUCCCAGUGAGCCAAAAGCCAGAAAAACAUUAUAAGGUAGCAAGUGAAGGCCAGGACACUUGGGAUUUGUUGAAUGGAGGGAACCCUUUCAGAUUCUUUGUCACUAAAGUCAAAGGUAUUAAGUCUAAGUACAACUCUGGAGCCCUUCACAUAAAAGAUAUUUUGUCUCCUCUCUUUGGGACUCUUGUAUCUUCUGCUCAGUUUAACUAUUGUAUAGAUGUGGAAUGGCUCAUAAGACAGUAUCCACAGGAAUUCAGGAAAAAACCAUUAUUAAUAGUACAUGGUGAAAAGCGAGAAUCCAAGGCUGAACUGCAUGCACAGGCGCACCCAUAUGAAAAUGUUCGCCUUUGCCAGGCUAAGCUGGAUAUUGCCUUUGGAACCCACCACACGAAAAUGAUGUUGUUGUUAUAUGAAGAAGGUCUUCGAGUUGUGAUACACACAUCCAAUCUUAUUGAUGCUGAUUGGGACCAGAAAACUCAGGGAAUAUGGUUAAGCCCCCUAUAUCCACGGCUACCGCAUGGAACCACUGGUUCUGCUGGUGAAUCUGUAACCAAUUUUAAGUCUGACCUAAUGCUCUAUCUGAUGACUUAUAAUUCCCCUACUCUCAAGGAAUGGGCUGACAUCAUCCAAGAGCAUGAUCUUUCAGAGACAAGAGUAUAUCUGCUUGGAUCAACCCCAGGACGAUACCAAGGCAACCAAAAAGAAAAAUGGGGUCACCUUAGACUUAGGAAGCUUUUGAAAGAGUAUACAUCACCAAUACCAGCACAAGAAUCUUGGCCGGUGAUAGGACAGUUUUCAAGUAUUGGAUCAAUGGGAGCAGACCAGUCCAAAUGGUUGUGUUCAGAAUUUCAAGAGAGCCUGGUUACGCUAGGCAGUAGUGUGAAGACUCUAGCAAAACCUGACAUUCCUAUUCAUUUGAUUUACCCUACUGUGGACAAUGUGAGGCAAAGUUUGGAAGGCUAUCCUGCUGGUGGCUCUCUUCCAUACAGUAUACAAACUGCACAGAAACAACUUUGGCUGCACUCUUAUUUCCAUAAAUGGUCAGCAGAAACUUCAGGCCGCAGUCAUGCUAUGCCUCACAUUAAGACUUACAUGAGGCCAUCUCCUGACUUCCAGAAGAUUGCAUGGUUUUUAGUUACAAGUGCCAAUCUUUCCAAAGCCGCUUGGGGAGCUCUGGAGAAAAACGGCACCCAACUGAUGAUUCGUUCCUAUGAACUUGGAGUCCUUUUCCUGCCUUCAGCAUUUGGAUUGGAUACAGGUUACUUCCAUGUGAAGAAGAAAAUGUUUUCAGGAAGUAAUGAGCCAGUGACCUCUUUUCCUGUGCCUUAUGAUCUACCCCCAGAGCAGUAUGGAAGCAAAGAUCGCCCAUGGAUCUGGAAUAUUCCUUAUACCAAAGCACCCGAUACACAUGGAAACAUGUGGGUUCCAUCAUAAAAGCUUCAAACCUACUGUGAGAUUUCGGCAUCUGACACAGCCUCCUACCAUAGCUGUGAGACUAACUAUUUCUGAUUUUCAGAUGUGGAGUUGUGCACUGGAUAACUAGCUUCUUAUUAUGUCACAUGUCAAUAAUAUUGAGACAUUGUUUGGGGGAGGAGAGGAAGGGAGAAUCCUUGGAGAAUAUAUAGCCAUACUGAUCUUUAUGGACUUCCUAAAAAUAUAACACUGUAAUUUUAAAAUACUGUUUUAUAUACUCUUCUUAUUGUAGUGGUCAUUGCAUUUUGGAAGGUGUUAAAAUGACAAUGUAAGCUAUGUUCAGAGGUUCCCACUGUUUUUAGCCAGAAUAUAUUCACAUCUGUUAGUAUUCUUUUGGAUUGUUUUGGGGCCCCUCUUGAUCACAGGAAGAGAUUUGUAGUUACAUUUUGAAGUUAUAAGUGAAUAAAAGGCAAUUUUGUUACAUUUUUCAUCAACAUGAAACCAACCCUUUGCUUUCACCUCUUUGGUAAUUACUAUCCUCUCCUUUGAGAGCUUAACAGAGUUCAAUUCAUUUCAUCCCCAUUUCUUCUCCAAAGCCCAAAUCCUGUCCAAAAAACUCAUUGUAAGUAGCUGGACUUGAGUGCCAGGGAGCUACAUGAGGCUAUGAGGUCACAUGCAUCAGAGCUGCUCUGCAAUUGCUACUUCAGUCUAAAAGCCCAACAGUACAGUUUUCAGAGUAGCAGCCGUGUUGGUCUGUAUCUGCAAAAAGAACAGGAGUCCUUGUAGCACCUUAGAGGCUAACAAAUUUAUUUGACCAUAAGCUUUCGUGGGCUACGGCCCACUUCAUCAGAUGCAUAGAAUGGAAUAUACGGUAAGAAGAUAUAUAUACGUACAGAGAACAUGAAAAGGUGGAAGUAGCCAUACCAACUGUAAGAGGCUAAUUAAUUAAGAUGAGCUAUUAUCAGCAGGAGAAAAAAACUUUUUUGUAGUGAUAAUCAAGAUGGCCCAUUUAGACAGUUGACAAGAAGGUGUGAGGAUACUUAACAUGGGGAAAUAGAUUCAAUAUGUGUAAUGACCCAUCCACUCCCAGUCUCUAUUGAAACCAGGUUAAUGGUAUCUAGUUUGCAUAUUAAUUCAAGCUCAGUAGUUUCUCAUUGGAGUCUGUUUGUUUUUGAAGCUUUUCUGUUGCAAAAUUGCCAUCUUUAAGUCUGUUACUGAGUGACCAGAGAGGUUGUACUGUUCUCCUACCGGUUUUUGAAUGUUAUGAUGCCUGAUGUAAGAUUUGUGUCCAUUUAUUCUUUUGUGUAGAGACUGUCCGGUUUGGCCAGUGUACAUGGCAGAGGGGCAUCUAUCACAUUGGUAGAUGUGCAGGUGAACGAGCCCUGAUGGCAUCCUGUCCUCCUUGCCCUUUCUAUUGUCUUGCUUCUCCUUCAUUAUUCUCAACGUCAUUCUGUGAUGUAUUAGCAGUAGUAUUGUAAGCAAGACACAAGAAGUAAUUCUUCCUCUCUAUUCCACAUUGAUUAGGCCUCAACUGGAGUAUUUCUGGAUGCCAAAUUUCAGGAAAGAUGUGGACAAAUUGGAGAAAGUCCAGAGAAGAGCAACAAAAAUGAUGAAAGGUCUAGAAAACAUGACCUAUGAGGGAAGAUUGAAAAAAAUUGGGUUUAUUUAGUCUGGAAAAGAGAAGAAUGAGAGGGGACAUAAGUUUUCAAGUACAUAAGAUUGUUACGAGGAGGGAAAAAAAUUGUUCUCCUUAACCUCUGAGGUUAGGACACAAAGCAAAUGGGUUUACAUUGUAGCAAUGGUGGUUUAGGUUGGACAUUAAGAAAAACUUCCUCACUAUCAGGGUGAUUAAUCACUGAAAUUGCCCAGGGAUGUUGUGGAAUCUCCAUCAUUGGAGAUUUUUAAAAGCAGAUUAGACAAAUACCAUCAGAGAUGGUCUAGAUAAUAUUUAUCCUGCCAUGAGUGCAGAGGAUUGGACUAGAUGACCUCUCGAGAUCUCUUCCAGUCCUAUGAUUCUAUGUCCUGUCCUGUGGACUCUGUAAGCUCCUUGGAGCCAUUAUGGCACCCUCUCUGUGCUGUUUUGGAUGCCAAUGAAAAUAAUGUCAUUUAGGUGCAGGGGGAAGAACUGCACUGGCCAGACCCUUUGAGAGGUGGCUACACAGUGGUGGGAAUAUCUGCUAUAAGCUAUGUCUAUACCACAAAAAUUGCCUGUUGCUGCUGAUUGCUGCUAGCAAUGGAUGCACUUGAACUGGUUCAGAUGCAGGCAUAGCCUGGGAGAAAGCAUGGUUAACACGUACUCAGAGCUGUUAGGAAUAAAAUAUGCUCAACUCCUGAUAGCUUUGAAGCACAUUCUCUGAAACUGCUCUGAGCACAGUUUGUCCUGGAUCUGCACUUGAGGUUGGGUACAGUUGUGCCCGCUGCUGAUAACCUGUUGUCAGCAAUGCAUAAUUCCUGCAGUGCGAUCAUAGCUUUCACUGCCACUCCCUUCUGCAGAGUCUUUCACAGUUUUUUGUUCUCCACUGUGCACAAUGGAGAGAGGGAUGUAGGUGUUAAGAUCAAGGAUCUUGUCCCACAGAUCUAUUCUCCAGGGCCAAAUUGAAGUCAGAGGGAUGCCCCAUUGUGCAUACAAGAUUUUGACCCUUUUUGAACUAGAAUUUGACCACUUAAAACUCAUUUAAUGUCCCUAAUAAAUAUUUUCUAUGUAUCCUAUUCUGAGAGUUCUGCAACUAAAUUACCCCCGAGCAAGGAGCAAUACAUUUGUUGUGCUGCCCCUGGAGAAAGCUAAAAGACAGAUCAUGAUUCAGAGAGUCACAACCUGCCUUCCAGAUACCCCCUUGCUCUGAGGGGAAAGUACCUUGCGUCAAGUCCAUAAAUGGUAGAGGGUAAUUCUCCCCUGCCCUGGUACACAGGCAUAGCUAAAACAGACAAAAAUAUAGCAUUUGAAGUUGAAACAUUCCUAUCCAAUUUGUAAUUUCUUAUUUCUACUUGCAGUCAAUUGAGAAAGAAUUAAAAAAUGGCACAAUCUGUCUCUAAGCUAAUUUUAUCUGUAUGCGGUGACUUGACACUUCCACUAUUGGGCCUUUGGAACUACAGAUAUGACUUCAGAGGGGUCAUUAUGUACUAAUGGCUUAUGACAUCCAAAAAGGAAAUGCAAAGUGACAGAUGGUGUAUAUUGCUGUAAUAACUCUGCCGUAUGAUUGUUUCCCUCGUCUGUUCUUAACUAAAUACUGUCACUGAGUCAAUUACAUUCACUAUAUACCAAAAGUUAGGACUGGUUAACAUGGAAACAAACUAAUUUAUAUAAGUAAUUGAACUACGGAUUUACAGAUAAAGAAGUUAUUAAAAUGGACUUUGAUCAGU